AUGGCAUUCACGAUGCAUUCGCAUUCGGGGCAGUUUUGCCCCGGCCACGCAAAAGACCAACUGGAGGAAGUUAUUCAGCAUGCCAUCAGCAUAGGCUACAAGACAAUUGGACUGACAGAACACAUGCCCCGAACCGACCUGGCAGAUUUAUAUCCAGAGGAACUCGACGACCCGGAAGCCUCACUAGCUGUCCUCCCACAGAGGCACGAGGCGUACCUCAUCGAGGCCCAGCGUCUGCAGGCCAAGUACGCCUCGCAGAUCCACAUCCUGAUCGGCUUCGAGGGCGAGUUCAUCCGGCCCUCGUACGCGGCGCUGGUGCAGUCGCUCGCCGCGCACCCGGCCGUCGACUACUUCAUGGGCUCGCUGCACCACACGCGCGGCGUGCCCAUCGACUUUGACCGCGCCACCUACCUCCAGGCGCAGGAGAAGGCCGGCGGCACCGAGGCGCUGCUCUACGGCGCCUACUACGACGAGCAGCUCGCCAUGCUGCAGGCCCUGCGGCCCCGCGUCGUCGGCCACUUUGACCUCAUCCGCCUGCUGAGCGCCGAGCCCGGCCGCGACCUGAGGGCGUGGGAGCAGGGGGCCGAGGAGGAGGGCGGCGGCCGUGUCUGGGACAAGGUCGUCAGGAACCUGUGCUUCGUGGCGGGCUACGGCGGCUGGCUGGAGUGCAACAGCAGCGCGCUGCGCAAGGGCCUGGCGGAGCCGUAUCCUGCGCGUCCGAUCGCAGAAGAGUGGCUGAGGUUGGGCGGGAAGUUCACCUUCUCGGACGACAGCCACGGAAUCGCGCAGGUGGCGACCAACUAUCUACGCCAACUGGACUACCUUGAAUCGCUGGGCGUAAAAGAGGUGUGGACUCUGGAGCGGACACCUCACCCCGGCACACAGAGCGAGACGAAGGCGGAAUUAAAGGAGAAGAACAUCACAUUGGAAACAUUUAGACAAAGCUUACGAUUAAGGUGA